CGCAAACCUAUAACGUCCCGUCUCUUAUUCAGCAUCGACUACUAUUUCAUUUUAGGAUCUCUAUCAGCUGCGAUCUGCUGAGCCUGUCAUAGUUCUGUUCCUUAUCGCAUCAGUGCUUUUAUUGUCGUUAGACUAAAGAGUGCUCCAUGAUAAUCCCAUUUAGGAUGGAAGCUAGUCUGGUCAUCCUCUGCCUUUCUUGUUUGAUAGCAUUUUCGGAGGGCUACCCACAAAAGUUCGGUUCAAACAAGAAUGGACUUACCUCGGACCAAGCUGCUGAUUUCUUCCGUCUUCUUCUCUCCAGAUACGAAGCGGAAGUAUCUGAUUACUCAGAUUCUGAAGAUCCAUUUGGAGAAGACGAUAACUUGAUGUUAAACAGUUAUGACUUUUCCACCGAUAGAGAAAGUGGCAGAAACUCGAUGCCAAACACUUAUGAUUUUCCCUCUGAUAAAUUUAGCAGUGGCGAAGCCAUGAACCCUUUCAGGCAAGCCGUUGAAGGUUAUUUCAGAGAUCAAACAACCACGACACCCCCACCGAAGGAAACUGAGCAAUCAACUACAUCAACUACACCUGCUUCUGACGGCCUUGCCUCCAUACCACCUGUCACUCCAGACAAAGGACAAAAAGAAUAUGCAAUGCUUCGACCUCCUGUUGACAACCAUAAAAAAAUCGAGCAUUGGAUGAAAUUCAUGAAAGAAAACAAUUUAGCCAUGGAUCUGAAUGGAAUACAGAAAAGGAAAUCGAUUCCAUAAAAAAAGCAGCGGUGGAAGAAAAAUCUCUCCUCUCCAUAGAUGCUCGAAUUAUUUUUACUCCUUAUAUCAUGGUUAUGAAAAAAAUAUUUCAUUAAAAAAAGUAAAUUUUAUGUAAACGCAGUGAAUUCGGACGACUCUACAGUUUUUAGUCACAAUAGAGAGAGAGUGAUGCUGAUACAUAGUGUUUGCUUGCACAUAUUUUUAUCACAUGUACUUUAACUUAUUUUACUGUGACAGAAAAUAUCUCUUCAUAUUGCUUUCAGCUAUGCAGUGUCUUUAUUUUGUUGUAUCAUUAUCACAGAAUGAUGUAAAAAUGGACAAUAAAGAUUGCAUUGAGUGUGUAAAA